AUGUCAAAAUCUCAGAUCCUCAUCAUCGGUGGUGGCCUUGCUGGUCUAGCCCUAGGACAGUCACUCCUCACGCAGCACAUCCCCUUUCAUAUCUACGAGCGCGACACAUCAAGCUCAUUUCGCUCGCAAGGUUACCGGAUCCGUAUCUCUGAGGAUGGGGCCUCCGCCCUGAAAUCCCUACUUCCAGCCCAGCUGUAUGAGCAGUUCGAUCGGACCUCGGCUCCCGUCAUAAAAAAUGGCUGCCAAAUCGAUGCCUCUACCGCAGAGUCUUCGCCAGGUAGCAUGCCCGCUCAACCCGGCCAAGCGUGGAACGUCGAUCGCGCGACCAUUCGCAACGUGCUGCUGCAAGGACUAGACGAGCAUAUGACCUUCGGUAAGCAUUUCAGCCACUACACCCUGCGCGACGACGAUGUAACCGCACACUUCGGCGACGGCACCGAUGCAACCGGCACUCUUCUCGUCGCCGCGGACGGCGUGCGUUCGCCCGUGCGGCGCCAAUUCCUUCCCAACUACACCGUUCUAGACACCACCGGUCGCGCCAUCUUCGGCAAGACCCUGCUGGCUUCCCUCCCGACCUCCGUUCCCCAGCAAGUCCUGAACCACGGUAUCAGCGUCAUCAGUGAUCCCGCACAGCCAGAGGUAAAGUUGUUUUGCGACACCAUGCGCUUCAACCACUCACUGUUAUCUACCUCCACCGCGCCACCACCAGUAAGCCUCCCAGACGACUACCUCUACUGGGUGCUCCUCCUGCAAACGACCAGCACCACCAUGCCAGACCCAGAAUUCCUAUCUCUCAAAUCUGCUGGCGCCGCCGCCCUUGCCACCAAACUCACUACCAACUGGCACCCCACCAUUCGCGCCAUCACCGAGCAUCAACUCGCCGACGCCGCCGCGCCGCUGUCGUUCCUCAUGGCACGCCCGCCCAUCGCGGCCUGGGAUACGAAUGCGCGCGUCACACUCGUCGGCGAUGCAGCGCACCCAAUGCCUCCUGUAGGGGGCGUGGGCGCCAACGCGGCGUGGCAGGAUGCCGCCGAGUUGGCCACUUUGAUUCGAGAGGGCGGAGGUGAGGUCACAGUGGAGGCGCUGGCGACGUUUGAGGAUGGUGCCCGGUCGCGGAGCAACGCCUGGGCGGAGAGGGCGAGGGGUGGGAUGGCAAAACUGCUGGGCGUGGUGCCUGUGGAGGAGAUGCGGGAGGUUGAGUGUUAG